AUGGCGCGCUCUCCUUUCUACACUCUUUUCUUCCUGUUGGCUCUUCUAGGCUUCUCGGCUGCCGAAUCCGCGACGGAUGAAUGCAAUCCAUUGAACUCAACAUGUCCGGCCGAUGCUGCGCUCAGCACGGAGCACACAUUCUGGUUCAAUUCCACUCUUAACAGUAAAUUAUGGGACAUGGAAACAGGUGAAGCCGAUUAUACCGACGAAGGUGCCGACUUUUCAAUUAAAUCCGAGAACGCAUCCACUCUUUUGGUCUCGAAUUUCUAUAUUUUCUUCGGCGUGAUGGAGGUACAUGCCAAGAUGGCUACGGGACGAGGAAUCAUCAGCAGUGUGAUUCUACAAUCAGACGACAAGGACGAAAUCGAUUGGGAAUGGGUUGGAUAUAACACUAGUGCCGUGCAGUCUGAUUUCUUCGGCAAAGGCAACACAACCACUAGCGAUCGUGGUGGAAUCCAUUAUGCCGCCGACGCGAACACUACUUUCCACAACUAUACUACAUACUGGGAUAAGGAACGCCUUGAGUGGUGGAUUGAUGGCGAGCUCAGGAGAACAGUCAACUACUCCGAAGCUCUGACCGUGUACGGAAAGAAUUACCCGCAAACACCUUCUCGAGUCAAGGUUGCUGUUUGGCCUGUCGGAAUUCCAAGCGAGUCUACCGGAAAUAUCGAAUGGGGUGGUGGUCUGGUCAAUUGGGAUGAUCUUCCUUUUACCAUGACAGUGCAAAGAAUUCGCGUGAAGGAUUUCUCUUCCGGAAAGGAAUACGAAUAUGAGGGUCACACCGGAUCUUACGAUAGUAUAGAUAUCAUCAGUGGAAACUCGACCGCAAGCGAAGUGAUUAAUAAGGCACCAGCCGAAACCCUAGCUCAAAAAUGGGCUAAUUUGGGAGAAGGUGCUCACAUUGGUGUCUACUGUGGUGCAGCUGCAGCCGGUGGUAUUCUAGUCGCUGCAUUCUCCUGGUGGUGUAUUCGACAGCGCAAACAAGGCCGACUUCAACGAGCCCUUGAUGAUGCCAGCAAUGGCGAGGAGCUCAAGAACCUCGAGCAAUACCAGGCUCAAUGGGGGCAGGCCAAUUGGGGUACUCGACAGAGCUACCACAAGGUACCUUAA